AUGGAACUCUGGAAUACCACCUUGGAGAACAGUUUCUUCCUCAUUGGGAUUCUCCAGGAGAGUAAGUAUCCUGGACUGGUUUGUGCCACAAUCACAUUCCUCUACCUGGUGGCUGUGACCAGCAAUGGCCUCCUGCUCCUGUUGAUUGCUAUGGACAAGCAGCUCCAUGUACCUAUGUACUUCUUGCUCAGCCAGCUCUCACUUACGGAUCUGCUCUUUACAACUGUUGUUUCCCCCAAAACAUUUGUGGAUUACUUGCGUGGAGAGAGCAUCAUUUCUUUUUCAGGCUGUGGAUUUCAGAUAUUUAUGAUACUGACAAUUGGAGGUGCUGAAGAUAUCCUGUUAGCCUUCAUGGCAUAUGACCGUUAUAUAGCCAUUCAACAUCCCCUGAGCUACAUGGUCUUCAUGAGACCAAAAGUUUGCUGGUUCAUGGUGGCCACAUCCUGGCUCUUGGCAUCCAUGAAUGCCCUUGUGCAUACCACAUACACUAUGCACUUCCCUUUCUGUAGAACCCGGGAGGUAGGCCACCUGCUCUGUGAGAUCCCUCCUUUGUUGAAACUGACAUGUGCUAACACCACAAAAUACCAGUUCAUGAUAUACACAAUGGGUAUGGCAUUCCUCCUCAUCCCCCUCUCUGCUAUCAUUGCCUCCUAUACACUAGUUUUGACAGCUGUGUUCCACAUGUGCUCAACACAGGGGAGACAGAAAGCUCUCCUUACCUGCUCAUCCCAUCUGACAGUGGUCGUGCUCUACUAUGGAGCUGCUAUGUUCAUGUAUGUCCUGCCCAGUGCUUACCACAACCCUCAGCAAGAUAAUAUCAUCUCUGUGUUCUAUACCAUUAUUACUCCAGCCUUGAACCCCCUGAUCUAUAGUCUGAGGAACAAGGAUGUACUGGGAGCCCUGAAGAAGUUGCUAGGGAAAGGCCCCUCAGGUCAAGAAUUGUAG